UUGGUUUGCGAACGGGACAUGAGGAUUAUGUGUGUGUUUUCAUAGCAGAAACAUUGUGGAUUGUUUUGCAGACGCAUGUUAUUUAUGUCACAAUGCGUGCAUUCUAAAACGGACUACUGAACAAUGGCUGUGUUCGAGAAGCGCAUUUGGAUUGUAAAUCUGUUUUGCCUGUCGCUUUGUCUCCAGGAUGUUGCAUUUGGACAAAUUACCUAUUCCGUUUCAGAAGAGGUUCGCCCGGGAACGGUUGUUGGGAAUUUAGCAAAGGAUUUGAAUCUUAAAGUGACUGAACUUGAGACGCGAAUGUUCCACAUCGAAUCAGGAUCGUCCAAGAAACAUUUUGAGGUAAAUUUAAGGACCGGAGCUAUCUUCGUUAGCGAGGCUAUAGAUAGAGAAGAGCUUUGUCCCAACAGCUUGGUUUGCACCGAAAGCUUGGAAGCAAUCGUUAAUUAUCCUUUAAGACUGUACAGUGUUGAGGUAACAAUACUUGACGUGAACGACAAUGCUCCGGUAUUUUCUGAGAAAUCACAGAUCAUUAGUAUUGCUGAACAUACAUCCCCUGGAGCUAAAUUCCCUAUGCCCUCGGCAGAUGAUCCAGAUGUAGGCAGCAAUUCAGUUGACGCGUAUAAACUGUCCCCAAAUGCUUUCUUCAGACUCGACGUACAUAGGCCUUCUGAGACUGACCGUGGUCCUUCAUCAGAGUUAGUGCUACAGAAGCCUUUAGACCGGGAGAAGCAGGCUGUGAUCACACUUAUUUUAACGGCAGUUGAUGGAGGAAAGCCUCCAAGAUCCGGUACGACUGAAAUUACUAUUAACGUGCUGGAUGCGAACGAUAACGCCCCUGUGUUUUCCAAGGCUCUAUACAAAGCUAAAGUCUCAGAGACUGCGCCGGUUGGCACUACGAUAUUGAGGAUUAACGCCACAGAUCUGGAUGACGGUCAAAACGCAGAAGUUAUUUAUUUGUUCAGCCAACAGGGCCAACGGGGAGCCUAUGACAUAUUUGCAAUAAAUCAGAGUACGGGGGAAAUAACGGUGGCGAGGCCGUUGGAUUUUGAAACGACGAGUGCCUACGAGAUCCGCGUUGAGGCCCAGGAUCGAGGCAGCACGCCUUUAGCCUCCCAUGCUAAGGUGCUGGUAGAGGUAGUGGAUGUAAAUGACAACGCUCCUGAAAUCAAACUGUCCUCUCUUUCGGAGAGCGUGAGAGAGGACGCCAAAAAGGGCACCGCGAUUGCGCUGAUCACUGUUCUUGACAAGGACGGGGGUAGAAACGGUCACGUGCGUUGCACCAUAUCCGAAGGGACGCCGUUUCUGCUGGAGUCAUCUCAGGGCAAAUAUUAUUCCCUCGUCCUUGGAGAUAUGCUCGACAGGGAAAUCCACUCCGCGUAUAAUGUCACUAUCAUAGCUACUGACGAUGGUACUCCUCCCCUCUCCAGCACGAGCGUUUUUACUAUUCACGUUUCUGACGUUAAUGACAACGCGCCGCAGUUCCCGGAACCUAUAUUCAACUUGUACCUAAAAGAAAACAGCCCCACGGGAUCCUUGAUAUGUUCUGUGACCGCUUUAGAUCCGGACCAGGAGGCAAACGCUCAAAUAUCAUAUUCUUUAGAGCCUAUAACGACAGCUACAGAGUCAUCUGUUGCUGUCAAUGUAAAUUCUUUAACUGGAGAAAUUUACAGUCUGCAGUCGUUUAACUAUGAGGAAAUUAAACGAUUCCAGUUCCAAGUUCAGGCCACAGACGGUGGUGUUCCGCCUAUGAGCAGCAACGUGACUGUGAACGUUUUUAUCCUGGAUGAGAAUGACAACACUCCUGUUAUUCUCCCGCCCUAUUCUGACCAAGGCUCUGUCAACUCUGAGAACAUUCCCUACUCUGCUGAAGCGGGCUACUUUGUGGCCAAGAUCAGGGCUGUAGACGCAGACUCUGGUUACAAUGCGCUGCUCUCUUAUCACAUCUCUGAACCAAAGGGGCCGAAUCUGUUCAGAAUUGGAAGCAGCAAUGGAGAGAUCAGGACUAAGAGACGCAUGAGUGACAAUGACUUAAAAACUCACCCGCUGGUCAUAGUGGUGUCUGACAAUGGAGACCCUUCCCUGUCUGCCACUGUGUCUAUUGAUGUUGUGGUGGUUGAAAGUACAGGUGACAUGCAGACAACGUUCAGACAGCUACCAGUAAAGGAGGAGAGUUUCUCAGAUCUAAACCUUUAUCUGCUCAUCUCCAUAGCCUCAGUAUCAGUGAUAUUUCUACUGAGCCUCAUCAGUUUAAUAGCGGUAAAGUGCCACAAGACAGACGGCAGUUUCAGCAGGUACAGCGCCCCAAUGAUAACCACCCACCCUGACGGGAGCUGGUCUUACUCCAAAUCUACUCAGCAGUAUGACGUGUGUUUUAGCUCAGACACAAUGAAGAGUGACGUGGUAGUUUUCCCCACGUCGUUUCCACCUGGUGACGGGGAGCUGAUCAGUAUCAAUGGAGGAGACACUUUCAGUAGGACUCAAACUCUGCCCACCUGCGAAAAGACACAAGGCGUCGCUAUAGACCGUGAUUUCAAACGCACGAUGGGUCUCUCCAUCCUCGGAUGCUUCUGCUGUGCUACUCUGCUGUUGCUUUGUUUGGUGGAUUUAUCUUCCUGUCAGAUCGUCUAUUCCGUCUCAGAGGAGGUGAACAAGGGAACCGUAGUUGGAAAUAUCGCCAAGGAUCUCAAUCUUAAUGUUCAGGAACUGGAAUCCCGUAUGUUUCAGAUUGUGUCUGGAUCCAAUAAGAAGUAUUUUGAGGUAAAUUCAAAGACUGGUGUUCUGUUCGUGAAAGACAGGCUUGAUCGCGAGGAACUGUGCCUCAAGGAGCAGAAAUGUUCCUUGUAUUUAGAAGCCAUGGCUCACAACCCUGUCCGUUUGUAUCGCGUUGAAAUAGUACUUCUAGAUAUCAACGACAAUUCACCUUCAUUUCCGAUUACAGAACAAGUAUUGAAUAUAACAGAAGUUUCAACUCCAGGAGAGAAAUUCUCUCUCUCGCUUGCCAGUGACCCCGAUGUUGAUAUUAAUUCUGUUAAAACAUACAAGCUGAAUCCAAAUGAACACUUCUCACUGGAUGUGCAGAGCGGAGGAGAGCAGAGUGUGUCUGCUGAGUUGGUGCUACAGAAACCUUUAGACCGAGAGAAACAGGCUGUGAUUCAGCUCGUACUGACUGCUGUAGACGGAGGGAAACCUCCCAGAUCAGGGACGUUACAGAUUGUAAUUCAUGUUAUGGACAUUAAUGACAACACCCCAGUCUUUAGUAAACCUUUAUAUAAAGUUAAGGUACAAGAAAAUGUCGCGUUUGGAACGCAUUUGAUAACUCUUUCUGCAAGAGAUUUAGAUGAAGGUGUAAAUGGAGAUAUUUUAUUUUCAAUUACAGGCCACGGAAGUAACAAUGAAAUAUUUUCUAUUGAUUCCGACUCAGGGGUUUUAAGCGUCAAAGGCCCUAUAGACUACGAGGAAACUGCUGCUCUUGAGCUGCGUGUCCAAGCGAUGGAUAAAGGCCAUCCACCUAAAAGUACGCAAUGUAAAGUUUUAAUAGAAGUUGUUGACGUGAAUGACAACGUUCCAGAAAUUUCAGUGACUCCGCUGAUGGAAAAGCUUAAAGAGGACACUAAGGAUGGCACUGCCAUCGCUUUGAUUAAGGUCACUGAUAAAGACGGUGGUAAAAAUGGUGUAGUUAACUGUCGCAUCACAGACUCGGUUCCUUUCAAAUUAGAAUCCUCCUACAAGAACUAUUAUUCUUUAGUUGUGGACGGGCCUCUUGACAGAGAGAUUGUGUCUCAAUACAAUAUAACUAUUUCAGCCACAGAUGAGGGGUCCCCAGCUCUUUCCAGCACAAGUGUUGCUGUUGUAUUUAUUUCGGAUAUUAACGACAACCCGCCCUGUUUUUCAGAGCCUUUUAUGAACGUAUAUUUAAAGGAAAACAGCGCAAUUGGAGGUUCGAUGAUUCACGUUAAUGCGCAUGAUCCAGAUGAAAACGAAAAUGCUCAAGUAUCAUACUUUCUAAUUGAAAAUCACAUUGGAGAUCGUGGCCUAUCGCCCACCACAAUGUUCAACAUAAACUCUUUAACGGGCGAAAUACACAGUCUGCAGUCGUUUAACCACGAAGAAAUCAAACGAUUCCAGUUCCAAGUUCAGGCCACAGACGGUGGUGUUCCUCCUCUGAGCAGCAACGUGACCGUGAACGUUUUUAUCCAGGAUGAAAAUGACAACACUCCUGUUAUUCUCCCGCCCUAUUCUGACCAAGGCUCUGUCAACUCUGAGAACAUUCCCUACUCUGCUGAAGCGGGCUACUUUGUGGCCAAGAUCAGGGCUGUAGACGCAGACUCUGGUUACAAUGCGCUGCUCUCUUAUCACAUCUCUGAACCAAAGGGGCCGAAUCUGUUCAGAAUUGGAAGCAGCAAUGGAGAGAUCAGGACUAAGAGACGCAUGAGUGACAAUGACUUAAAAACUCACCCGCUGGUCAUAGUGGUGUCUGACAAUGGAGACCCUUCCCUGUCUGCCACUGUGUCUAUUGAUGUUGUGGUGGUUGAAAGUACAGGUGACAUGCAGACAACUUUCAGACAGCUACCAGUAAAGGAGGAGAGUUUCUCAGAUCUAAACCUGUAUCUGCUCAUCUCCAUAGCCUCAGUAUCAGUGAUAUUUCUACUGAGCCUCAUCAGUUUAAUAGCGGUAAAAUGCCACAAGACAGACGGCAGUUUCAGCAGGUACAGCGCCCCAAUGAUAACCACCCACCCUGACGGGAGCUGGUCUUACUCCAAAUCUACUCAGCAGUAUGACGUGUGUUUUAGCUCAGACACAAUGAAGAGUGACGUCGUGGUUUUCCCCACGUCGUUUCCACCUGGUGACGGGGAGCUGAUCAGUAUCAAUGGAGGAGACACUUUCAGUAGGACUCAAACUCUGCCCACCUGCGAGAAGCGUCUAAUAUUGUUUAACGGUAUUGUCAGAAGGGCUGUGGUGAAGCACGGAACGCAGACGACAUAG